GGGUACGGGGGGAGGUGGCGAGAGAGGAGGUGACUCGCCCCGGCAGGCAUUAUUCAGACAGAGCGAAAGGAUCAUGGCGGAUGGCCCCAGGUGUAAGCGCAGAAAACAGGCGAACCCGAAGAGGAAUAACGUAACAAAUUACAACAAUGUUGUGGAGGGCCAGUCAGACUCUGAUGAUGAGGACAAGCUACACAUAGUGGAGGAAGACCCUGAUGGUGACAGCACGCUGCCAGAAGACGCCUCAGUAGUAUUAACCCAGAAUGGUACAGAGACUCACCAAGACACCUGGGAUGGAGUGAAGGAGGACUGUGGCUCUGAAGAGGAGGAUGAGGAGGAAGGGGGGGAGGAGGAGGAGGAGGAGGGUAAGGAUGCCCUGGUAGAGGAGAUGCUACAGUUGGAGGAUACAGCGGUCAUCUACCCCGAAGCUCCAGAGGACGAGCAGAAGAGCAUUUCUGAGAGACGGGUCCCAGACGAGAAUGGCACGCCAGACGCUCUUUCCCAGCUCCUGACCUGCCCGUACUGCUCGCGGGGCUACAAACGCUGCACUGCCCUGAAGGAGCACAUCAAGCUGCGCCACGAGAAGAGUGAGGACAACUUCAGCUGCUCCCAGUGCAGCUACACCUUCGCCUACCGCACACAGCUGGACCGUCAUAUGACCCAACACAAGACUCAACACAAGGAACCUGUACAGCGCCACACACCCCAAACCACCACAACAACAGGGGGGAAUAGGAAGUUCAUGUGUACAGAGUGUUCCAAGGCUUUUAAAUACAAGCACCACCUGAAGGAGCACCUGCGUAUUCACAGCGGAGAGAAGCCAUACGAGUGCCCCAACUGUAAGAAGCGAUUUUCCCACUCCGGGUCCUACAGCUCCCACAUCAGCAGUAAGAAGUGUGUUGGCAUGGUGCCUGUCAACGGUACCCCGACAGUCAUGAAGGCCUCCCAGACCCCCACCACCCAGAACCAGCUUUCCGGCACUGCCCCCGUAGCCCCUACCCGACUGCUCCUCCGGGGGGAGAAGACAGAUGGCAAGCCCCUUCAGGAGCAGCUCCCCGUCAACCAGAUCAAAUCCGAGCCGGUGGAAUAUGAGUACAAGCCGGUGGCGGUGGGGCCUAACGGGGCAGCAGGGACUAACGGGACAGUGUUUACCGGUGGCAUGGCGGUACCCCAGGGCACGGUCCAGGCGGUGGUACUGCCCACCGUUGGUUUGAUGUCUCCUAUCAGUAUUAAUCUCAGCGACCUGCAGAACGUACUCAAGGUGGCCAUGGAUGGGAAUGUGUUUCGCCAGGUGCUGGGGACGGCCAACGGGCUGGUGACGUCCAAGCAGGGGGUGGUGGGGCAGGCUGGGCAGCAGGUCAUCUCAGCCAUCAGCCUCCCUGGCUUCGUGGACCAAGACGGAACCACCAAGAUCAUUAUUAACUACACCCUGGAGCCCAGCUUGGCCCAACAGCCCAGCGCACCUCAGCUCCUCAAGAAGGAACCUCUCCCUGCCCCCACCACCACAAACACACAGCCAGCCUCCAAAGUAACAGAGAUACUCACCCAGGACCUCAGCAUCAUCAAGACCGAGCAGCCCGACUCGGAGUCUGAGAAGGAGAUGGAGAAAGAGGAGGCUCAGACCGAGGCAGAGGCAGAGCAGAGUAAGGAGGGUGAAACAGCAAAGGCCCAGACAGGCAAGACAACAUGUCUGCUGUGUGAUGACUGUCCUGGUGGUUUGGAUGCACUACACAUGCUCCAGCACUGUAAACCUACCAAUGGGGAGGGGGGUGACGUCAGCCCCCUGGACCCCUCUAUCGCCGCCCUGCUGGCAGAAGCAGGGAUAACACCAGGCCAGCCCCCUCUGAAGAACCUGCUCUCCCUCCUCAAGGCCUACUUUGCCUUAAACGCAGAGCCCACCGAGGAAGAGCUGGCCAAGAUCUCUGACAAUGUCAGGUUGCCCGUGGACAUAGUCAAGAAAUGGUUUGAGAAGAUGCAGUCCGGUCAGAUUACUGUAGAGCCCCCUGGUUCCUCUUCCCCUCUACCUUCAACAGGUCCUAGCACAGAGACCCAGGCGGCCCAAGAGAAGAGCGGAGAGCAGACAGAGGAGCAACUCGCCUCGGCCCAAACCCAGGAGACAUCAUCUUCCCAACCUCCCAAAAGUUCCCCUGCCUCGACCUCCGCCUCCCCCUUGGUCUCAGCCUCGGCUCCUUCACCACUAAACCUCUCCUCCAGCGGCCGGGUCAUCGUGAAAACGGAGGAGGACUCAGAGGGCGAAUCUCAAGAUCUUCCCCUGGACCUGUCCCUUCCCAAGCAGCCCCAAUCAGAGCCCCAGGUCCCCCAUGUCCCCCAGGAGCAACCCCUCAACCUCACCUGUUUGAAGAAGGAAACGUCCCAUCCCCAGCUCCAAACCCAGCUCCAGUCCCAGCUCCAACCCCAGCUCCAGGCCCAGAUCCAGGCCCAGCUCCAACCCCAGCUCCAGGCCCAGCUCCAACCCCAGCUCCAGGCCCAGCUCCCAGGGUUCCAAACCCAGCUCCAGGCUCAGGGAACCACCAACACCAUCUACGUCACUUCCCCCCCGCAGAUGGCCACCUCCAGCCCGGUUAACAUCAUGACCACCCAGCUAGUAGCCAUCACCAACCAGGGCAGCGGUGUGCCCUGUCUCAGGGCCAUCUCCACUGGCACCACCAAACGGACUAUUCUCAUCCCCCAGCUUACCUACACAUACACCACUAAAGCAGGCAGCAACGCCACUGGGGCCGACGGAGCCCAGAAGACUGUCAUACUCAAUGGUUGCCAGGAGGAGGAGAAGGCAGACACCAGUUCAGAGAGCGUGUCGGCGGUAGAGGAGCAGAACGACUCGGACUCAGCCCCUCCACAGAAGAAGAUGCGUCGGCUGGAGAGUGGCAUGUAUGCCUGUGACCUAUGUGACAAGAUCUUCCAGAAGAGCAGCUCCCUGCUCAGGCAUAAAUACGAACACACAGGAAAACGUCCACAUGAGUGUGGCAUCUGCAACAAAGCCUUCAAACACAAGCACCACUUGAUAGAGCACACGCGUCUGCACUCUGGAGAGAAGCCCUACCGGUGUGACAAGUGUGGCAAGUGUUUCUCCCACUCGGGCUCCUACUCCCAGCACAUGAACCACCGAUACUCAUACUGCAAGAAGGAGCCCCAAGGAGAUCAUCAGGUGGGGCGUCGGCUCAGGAUGACCCCCGAAAUGAGCCCCCAAGCAGAGGAGCAGCAAUCAGAUAGCCGGCCCACCUCCCCUCCCUCCCAAUUGGACUCAGACGAGAGGGAGAGUGAGGAGGAGCUGGAGGAAGAGGAAGGAGAGGAGGAAGGCAUGGAAGCCAUGAGCAUGGACGACAUACGGGUGGUGCAGGUGGGCGAGGAUGAUGAAGAGAGUGAGAUCUACGAGGUGGAGGAGUUUGAAGGGGAGAGGCAAGAGGAGGAGGAAGAAGGGAGCAGAGAGGAGGAGGCACAGCAGGAAGAGGAGGAGGGACAGCAGGAAGAGGAGGAGGGACAGCAGGAAGAGGAGGAGGAAGAAGGGAGCAGAGAGGAGGAGGCACAGCAGAAAGAGGAGGAGGGACAGCAGGAAGAGGAGGAGGCACAGCAGGAAGAAGAGGAGGCACAGCAGGAAGAGGAGGAGGAAGAAGAGAGCAGAGAGGAGGAGGCACAGCAGGAAGAGGAGGAGGGACAGCAGGAAAAGAAGGAGGAAGGGAGGAGAGAGGAAGAGAAGUCUGUACAGCAGGAGCAGGUGUGUGAGGAAGAGGAGGAAGGGAGAAGAGAGGAGGAGGAAGAAGGGAGGAGAGAGGAGGAGGCACACCAGAAGGAGGGGGAGGAAGAGGAAUGGAGGAGAGAGGAAGAGAGCAGAGAGGAGUCUGUACAGCAGGAGAAAGAUGUGUAUGAGGAGGAGCAGGAGAUGGAGGUACAGGUGAUGGGGGAGGGGGAGGAAGGAGAGGUAGAGAAGGAAACUGUGGUAACAGAGAAGGCUAAGGAAACAGAGGACAGAAAGAAACAGGAGAAAGAUGUGUAUGAGGAGGAGCAGGAGAUGGAGGUACAGGUGAUGGGAGAGGGGGAGGGAGGAGAGGCAGAGAAGGAAACUGUGGUAACAGAGAAGGCUAAGGAAACAGAGGACAGAAAGAAACAGGAGAAAGAUGUGUAUGAUAAAGAGAAGGAGGAGGAGAUGGAGGUACAGGUGAUGGGAGAGGGGGAGGAAGGAGAGGCAGAGAAGGAAACUGUGGUAACAGAGAAGGAAACUGUAGGAACAGAGAAGGAAACAGAGGACAAAGAACCGCAUGUGGACAAGGAGAAGAUUACAGAAACAUUAGAAGAUGGACAGAAAGAAACAGAGGAAAACAAGAUGAACAGUGAAUGAAAAAUACAUUUUGUGUUGAAAAUGUCAAAUAGCAGGACAGGAAAAUAUUGUCUUGUUGUCAGAAGAAGAAACAAAACAAACAUGGCUGCCAUGUUGAUGCUGUGUUGUCGGUCCACUACUGUGUUCAAACCCAGGUGUGCCUGAACUAGACAAAAAAAGAAGUGACUUUUAUUUGUGGAAAAAAAUCAGUGUUACUUAGACCUUGUUUAUAGAAGUAUUAUACAUUUGAAAAGAAAGAAACACCCAUGUGGACAUUUGUUACUGAGAGUGAGACAUCCGAUCCCAGGUCAUUUCUGUUUGUCAGUGUUAUUACUCAUUUUGCAGCUCAUGUUUUAACCUUUUAACCUGUACAGUUGAAGAAAGAUUUCUAUACCUUUUUAUUGCCAAAUGAUGGUGUUUGCUAAAAUCAGUAUUUUAUUGAGUUGUAAAAAAACAAAACAUCUGCACUACAGUAUUCCUGGUUUACCUAUGGAUAAAACAUGCCUCAUGAUGUGUUGUGCACCCUUUAGUAUGAUUAUGUACACACUAGCUAUAGAUCGUCUUUAUGUUAGCUAAUCUUAGCAUAGCAUUUUGUUUUAAGUUGGAUUGUUAGCCUUAAGAAGAAAAGAGGAUUCUGGGGUAUGGGUGGGAAGGGGUUAGCCUGAGUGCCAGUCUGUUUGUUCUAUCGUGUUAACUCCUUGUCACUCAUUGUCUUGCCAUGUUUGGCUUGUCGAGGACAGCAAUGGAAUUGGCAAGAGCACAAACAGAUCUGGGACCAGGCUAGGGAGAGGUGAGAGGGUGGGGAUGAUGAUGUGGCAUCUGAUGCCAUAACCAAACUGUCCUAUCAGGGAAGGUGUCACAACCUCAAAUCCAGCAUUCUUACCAUGCUCCUCCUUGGUCGCGCCCCAAUAAUCUCUCCUUCCUGCAGUGUGCACUUGUUUACUACUCCCCACAAAUUGAAAAGCAUUGGAUUGGUGUAGGCAUGGGCUAAACUACAAGAAGUUUACACAAUAUUUUGUAUACCAGUCAUUUCCUUUCAAAUCCAUGAAGGGAAGAGAGCAAGUGCGCACGUUUGGAGAAAGGUUUGAUUAUUGGGACACCCCUUGUUUUCGGUUAGGUAGGUUGUUAAUCAAUGAUCAUCAGUGUUAUAGGGUCAUAUGAAGCAGGAGGGGGGCAGUUCUCUGCAUUGUACCCCACCCCAAUGCCUCCAGCCUUAUGCAAGACCAGUCCUGUGUGCUGUAAGUGCCAUUGAACAGUGUUAUUUUUACUUCACGGAUGUAGCCAGUACAUCUUUCAAUCUGCGCAAGGCCCAUAUUGAAUAAUGUUUGUUUACUUGCUUGGACACAUUUUUUGUUAAAUAGUGCUUCAUCCCAAAUGGCACCAUAUUCCCUAUUGGUGCACUAUAGGGCUCUGGUCAAAGUACUAUACUAUGGAGGGAAAAAGUGGCCAUUUGGGACGCGGACAAUAGCACGAAUAAGGAAUCUUUCAUGUGACAAAAGUGACAAAGAGAAUAAGAUGGAUGGGAAAGGUUUUUACUGUGUUUAAGGGGAUUUUCCUGUGUUGGAGCGUCAGCCAUUAUUAGUUGAGUGCACUUGUUUUAAAAAAUGGUGGCAAACUAACCCUCACUUCAGGUAACAAAUGUUAGUGAAUAUGGUCCCUGUGUUUUAUGACGUGUUUCAGUUGAUUUGACCUAACAGUGUUACUUCAUUCUUUUUCAGUUUGGCUUUAGUAUUUUUCAUGUGUGCAUUUGGCAGUAUUAGAACCCUUGUCACUGAUGAAAGUGUACCUAUUUAGUUUUUAGAGGACUUUUUAUAUUUAUGUGUCUUAUUUUUAUAUUUCUUUAUGGUUAUUUAUUACACACAUUGUAGUGUACAAUACUGUAGUUUGAAUUGAUACAAUAAUAAUAUAUUUUAGUAUGAAAAAUGAUUUGACGGUCAAUGAAUCCAGAGCGGUCUGAAGUACAGCUCUAGGAGUCACGAAGUUUGUUUUCAAAAAAAGCAACCUGAAGUAUUACGUCAACAUGAUGUCUGUUUAAGCUGUAAAAAAGAAAAGAACAAGAAAAGCCACAAAUGAAGAGAGAAAUGAAAAGUGUUCCAUGUGCAUCCAUCAUCGGACGAGUCGGUUAGACUGACCUCGUCCUUAAUUUGAUAUGAAAGCUACUGAAAACUAACUGUGUGACUAAACGCAUGAGUCCUCGCUGUUGUUAUGAAGAUAUACGUAACUCCCUUUUUUUGUCAACAUACUCUUUUUCUUUCAGUUUUGUGCCAAUUUGUUACAUUGUUGUUAUUAUGUCAGAGGCUACUCUUUGUUUUAUACAUUUCCUGUUUAAUCUGUCUGUUUUUAUAGUUGUUUUUUUAUGACCCCACCAUCACAAUAAAAUACAAGAAAGCG